GUGGCCAGGCUAUCGCUUCCUGGGUCGUGUGACCUUGUUGCUGCUGUGACUUCUUCGCGCGCCUUUGCCCGUCACGCGACCACGAUGCUGUCGCUGCGCUGUGGCCCCCGCCUGCUGGGCCUGCUCUCUAGCCCGCGCUCCGCACCGCUGCUCCUCUCCGCGACUCGCGCCUGCAGCGACAGCGGAGCACGAGACCCGAACUCCUCCUCCCGGAACCCGCUCGUGUACUUGGACGUGGGCGCCGAUGGGCAGCCACUCGGCCGCGUGGUGCUGGAGCUAAAGGCAGAUGUUGUGCCAAAGACAGCAGAGAACUUCAGAGCCCUGUGCACUGGUGAGAAGGGCUUUGGCUACAAAGGCUCCACCUUCCAUAGGGUGAUCCCAUCCUUCAUGUGCCAGGCUGGCGAUUUCACCAACCACAAUGGCACGGGAGGGAAGUCCAUCUACGGAAGCCGCUUUCCUGAUGAGAACUUCACACUGAAGCACGUGGGACCAGGUGUCUUGUCCAUGGCGAACGCAGGCCCCAACACCAAUGGCUCUCAGUUCUUUAUCUGCACAAUAAAGACAGACUGGCUGGAUGGCAAGCAUGUUGUGUUCGGCCAUGUCAAAGAGGGCAUGGAUGUUGUGAAGAAAAUAGAAUCUUUCGGCUCAAAAAGUGGGAAGACAUCUAAGAAGAUUGUCAUCACAGACUGUGGCCAGUUGAGCUAAGUCGUCGCCAAGGUGCUAGGACAGUAGCAGCCACCCAAGUGCUCUGAGCACAGGUGCCCCAAAGAACUGUUUGUGCCUAUGUCCCUUACUGAGUAUGAAGAAGGUUACUCAGGCACAUGGUCCUUCACAGGACCACGCUGCUCUCAACUCUCCAUCCUCCCUCAGAUCCUGUUUCUGGGCAUCAGUGUGGCCACUGGGCAAUGCAUCCUCUCAGCAAGUGACCCCAGAAUUGCCAUUCAUGUGUGCCUUGGACAUUGGCAUCGAUGACCAGUUGUCAUCCUUGACCAGUGGGGGCAGCAGUUGCUAUUUAAUAUUGUCUUCCUCGUUGCCAUAAUUUAAUAUGAUUUCAUAGAAAGCAAACUGUGACACUAACUGCACUGUACUCUGUGACCUGAGUUGGCACAAGCCACAACCCCCUGAGCCUGGUUUCUGAACGUAACUCAGGGCUCUUGUGAACGUUCCAAUAUCAAUGCCUUUCCUCACGGUUACUGUGAAUCCUGCUGGUUGGCUGCUGUGACUUUUGAAGGGAGCCUGUGGGAAAGAAGCAGCUGGACCUGGGGGCAGACCUGUGUCCUGGGGCUGUCUGCUCAAUGUGAAUUCCUGUGUUGAAAACUGCCCUUGUGCAUACUGUCCUCAGGAGAACAUGUUUCCUGGCCGGCUUUGCUUUUUCUGUAUGCUAAAUGAAUCCAAUCUAUCAAUGAUAAUAUAUGUAAAAGAUUUCUGGAACAGUCCUCUGUUUUCAAAUGUGAUAAUAAAUCCUAUUUUCUAUAAAA